AGUUAAACGCCGUCUGCGCAUGCGUAGUCUAUGACUUGCACGUUUCAGUAAAGUUUUGCAGCAUAUUUGCUAUUGCUACGAUUAUUGAAAUGCCGCUAUUAAUGUUUCUAUUGUAGUUUUUAUUGACUUUCAAAGCAUGAACUCUUUAGCGUAUAAAAGCGUUGGAUACUUAACCGAAAGACAUCAAUCAGCUAACAACGCUCCAAAGUCAAAAAUCGUUCAUUCUUACGAACUCUAAACACAAAAGUUAACAAAAUGUACAAAUUGUUUGUUCUUGCUGCCCUCGUCGCCGUUGCCGCCGCUGCCCCAAGCCACUUAUAUGAAAGCCCAGUUGUGUACUCGGCUCCAGCAGCUGUUGCAUACCAAGAACCCGUCUUGGCUAAAGUUGGCUCCGUGGUGAAGAGCAUUCCCACCGCUGUCUCCCAUCAAAGCCAGUCGAUUGUGCAUAGCUCAGCUCAUGUUGUGGAAGAUGUGGUGGCACCAGUUGUGAAGACCAGCUAUGUCUCAGCUCCUGUCUUUAAGACUAUCCACUCUGCUCCUCUGGUGCACACCUCAUAUGCCGCCGCUGCCCCUGUCCUCAAAUCAUACGCCGCAGCUCCAGUUGUGCACAGUUAUGCUGCGCCUUUGGCUUACGACACUCACUACUCAUCUUGGUAAACGUACGACAAAGGAUAAUAAAAAUGGACAAAAGAUUUUGUAUACAGAUUUUGUGAUAAUGAGUAACAUAUUUUUAAGGAAUAAUUAGCUAAAAACGUUGUUGACUUCGAAAUCAGCGAUAUGUUGAAUAAAGUAUUUAGAAAGAAACGCUCGUUUUAAACUGGAA